GACAGAAGUCAAAGAUUUUUUAGGAUGAAAGAAAAGUGGAAUUGGAAAUGAUUUUUCUCCCCCCUGAUGAUCGUCAAAGGCGUUGAUGUGGGAAGUAGAUGAGUAUGAUUGCAGUCUGCUUUUCAGAGAUGAUUGAUGACACUCUGAGCGCUUUUCUCGUCCUCGAAAGAAGCAAAUAGAGCUUUCGCCUCAUGAUCGAGAUGAAGCAAAGUUGCACACUGGCACUUCCAUCAAAAAUCGGGCUACACUUCUUUUGUUUUCAUCUUGUUUUUUAUUACUGAAGACCAAGUAGACUUCUCUUGCUAUUAAGCAACGGUGAUUACAAGGAUAUUAACUGCAGUUUUCAACUUCAACUUUGUUUCUGAAGAACAUCCACAUACCUACGGUUACUAAGCUAUUAUAAUCGAACCGCAUAGAAUUAGAAGCAAAAUAAGACAUGCCGUCGAUUACCGACACUAGUGCCCCGGAGAGGGCCAAUCCUCGACAAGCUGCGCAGGAGAAGAAACUGAUAAUGCCAGGCGAUGACGAAUACGAGACCUUGGAGCAAGAAGAUCAGGAAAUGCAGCAAGAUGAUCAAACUCCUCUUGAAUCCGAUCAGCCACAAGCGUCCGCUGAGGAGCAUCAAAAGACAGGAGAAGACCACGACAUGCUCGAUGCUUUCAUGGGCGACUCGGAGGAUGUCCAGCCGCAUAGUGGUGAGGGUCUUCUAUUGGGUCGUGGUAGUGAUGGAGAGCAGCAAAAACUACUAGUAGAGAAAGAACAAGAAGAACUCGAACCACUACCACCAGCACCCCAAUUUAACCUCUAUGAUACAAUCGAUGAGCUCGAUUAUUGCAGUAUCAUCGAAGAAACAGAGGAAGAAGAAACACUUAAGGUAACUCGCUUUGUUCAUUUCGAAUGCUUUAAGACAGAGGAAGAAGAAGCAACUAAGGCACUUAACUCGUUUUCUUGGUUUCGAAUGCUUUCGCAUUUCUUCAUUUUCGAUAUCGAAGCAUCUCUUCUUAGCAUCAUCAGUGGCCAUGAGUCAGUUGUCUUGUGGUAAGUUUAAGUGCUACUCUAUCAGACCACACACACUUUCUUAUCAUGUUUAAUUAGAUACUCACUGCCAUCUCCUCCAACAAGAACAACAAAGAAUCAUCAUCCCCAGAUUCUCAAAAAGUUGCGAGCGUCCUUCGUGCCUAAAGUUGUGGUGGAAAAGUCUAGAAUUGGCGCACGAGUGCAGGAGGUGGUAGACAAAUUUCCUCAUACGUCAGAGGCUCACAAGCUGGGAAAGAGUCUCAUCCAGAGUUGGAUAGGUGUUUUCUCUUUUUAGUCAUAGUAAGAGUAAGUCUGAAGAUUCUGUCUAUUCAGUGCUUGGCAUAAGUGCAUCUUGUGGAUCUUGGACAGCAAAAACUUCAUCUUCUAUCCAAAAGAAAACUACGCCUCAACAAACAGCUUCAAAAUACACCGACGUUCCGGCUAAUGGAAAAAUCGAGAUUGCCUACUUUCAAGGAGAAAAUGAAGAUGGAACGGAGGGAAUACAAAUCACCAUGGAAUCGAAACCGGACCCGAGACCGAUGAAGAUGAUUAUGACAGGACUAGUUGACUGCGUGGCUGACAUUGAUUGAUGAGCAUUUUUAGUGCUAGUAGGGGUGAAUGAGGGAAUGAGUAUGCGUAUGCGAGUGUCUCUAAGUAUAUUUGAGUUAUCGACUCUUCUUUUUUCAGCAGUCCUCCAAUUCGUUGAAACUGGAAUGACAAAGAUCUACUUUUUCCAGCUUGAAGAAGAUGGACCUUUUUUCCCUAUUGCGCUUCUCUAACCUUAAGGCAGCUACGACGAAGAUGAAGAAAAAGGAAAAGUUGCAGCUUAAUGAGAAGGGAAGCUUAUUCGAUGGGCAAGAUACUGGCGCAGAUGGAGACGAGAGUAGCGAUAUAGAUGAGGACCAACUAAAUGCAGACUUGGGCAAAAAAACAGAGAGCGAAGAUGAGGCAGAAUUGUUGAAAAAGAGGAAGAAACAAGGCGCGAAGGAGAAAGAAGAUGCUGACGAAGUCCUUAUUUUUUUUUGUUUUUUAGUGCAACAACCUACCAAGGCGGAUAUUGAAAAAAAAAGUGGACGAGGAGAGCUUUUAAGCUUAAUUAUGAACUACCCCUUACACGAACACGUUUCAGACAGACUGGCUCUGGUAGUUCAUCCAAGAGUUUCCCAUUUUCAAUUGUCCCAAAAAAUGCCAAUCCAAAAACUCUACAGGAUGAAAACAUCACUCUCGGAGCUGCUGCAGUACUAGCAAAAACGGAAAAAGCAGAGUCAGGGUCUCUCUUGAAACGAAAGAGGCGCGGCGCACCUGCUGUAGAGGUAGUUCUAUAAUUUGGAUUUUUUCCAUGAUCUUGCUUCUAGCACUAAAAAUGCUACUAGCUGUCUAAUGAAUGUCGUAAUAUAAAAUCGUUUUCAAUUUCAUCCUUGACAAGGAAGACGUAGGAACAAGAAGAUCAUCCGAGAUCAUCAACAUGAUGAAUCACCUCAAGGAUCCUGCUCGCUAGUUGAAUCCUUGAGGUGCUGACCCCUUACGUUUACUUCUAGUAGCCCACGAUAGUCACAAGUAUUAUACUAUUUAACCAAAACCAACUGCGCAGCGCACGCAUCUUUAACUUUUACUAUUUACUCCUACAUGAUCAGCCUGCUAAAGACGACAUGAUGGACCUUCCAGCCGCACCAGCUGCGCGAUCGUCUUUAAGUCCCAUCAAAGAACCUGCGACGAAGAAAAAAGGCAUGAACAUGAAACGCACGCGAAAGAGCAUUGAUAGCUCAGCUGCAGAGCAAGCAGAUGACGAAGAAGAACCUAAGAAGAUAGGAAGUAAAUCUUCUAGUGCACCCAGUACCAAGAAGAUGAAAAUGAUGAAUCAGAAAAAAGCAGCUUCUUCAAAAGAAACAGAGGAAGAAGAGGAGGAAAAGCCUGUUCUGACUAAAAGUAAGACGACAACUUCUAAGGAAACAAGUAGUAGUUCAUCAUCGUCUUCUGCUGCGGCAAGUACUAAAAAGCCUGCAGCUCCUGUUGAACAAGAACUACAGAGCUCAACUUCAACUGGUGGAAAGAAAAUGAUGGCGAAGAAGACCACGGCAGCUGAUGAUGCCAAGGUCAAGGAGGACAAGCUAGAUGAAGUUGCUGCACCAGCCGGCCAAAAGAUGAAGAUGAAGAGCACUACGGCACAAGAUUCUACAGCCUCCAGCGCUACAUCGUCAAAAAUGGCUACAAAGAUGAACAAACGCAGCAGUACGUUCUCUGCUGCAGCCGAAGAUGUGGCUAGCCCAGCACCACCAGCAUCUGCAAGUAAGAUGAACAAGAUGAAGACAGCUGCAAAAGCAGAGGUUGAGGCCCCUCCUACACCUCCGCCAGUCGUUGAGCAGGCAAAAGAAUCUUCAAAGAAGAUGAGCACUAAGAUGGGCAAAGCAUCUUCUGCAGCCCCGAAGACUCCCCCACCAGUAGGAAAAGCCUCGAAGUCCAAGGCUGGACCUAAAAAGAUGAAGACACCCAUCAAAACAAAAGAGGACGACGAGGUAGAGCCGACACCAGUAAAACAAGAAUCAUCCAAGAAGAUGGGGAAAGCUCCCACUUCUAAGAAAUCCUCAACACCUGCUGCAUCAAAGAGAGUCAAGAGUGAAGUAGAGGAUGAGGCAGAUGAUGAAGCUCCAAGUAAGAAAGGUGGUUGUAGCUCUUCUAGCUCUUCUUCCAGUUCCAGUACAGCUGCUGCAAAGAAGCCGGCGAUGGGCAAGGUGAAAGCGGCUACAGCUACUGCAUCUUCCAGUAAAGCAAACAGCAAGACGAGCGGACAAGAUGAAGAUGAGAGUGGUGUGAUCGCCGGCGCAGCCACAGCUAUAGGAGGAGGCGCGAUGAAGAUGAAAAUGGCAGGAAAAAAGAACUCCUUGUAAAGGAGCUUCUGACAGGUUGCGCAUAUCAUGCUACUUGUGCGCGCAGAUGAAGCUUGGAAUCUUCUUACCAUUCGCACUGCCAGGAAAAAACCGCAACAACUUCUCAAUAUAAGACGAUGUAAGUAAACUAGAUUCUCCUUUUUAAAUAGAACAAGAAAGAUGGCAAUCGUACAAUAGGAUACCACUACGCACACAAAGAUUAAAUAGUUUUCGAACGACAACUCAUUCAAAGUCGACCCUUGUAUUUUUUGACCAACUUACAUCGACGUGACUGCUCCUUUUGGCAGGACAUUGAAGAAUUGGCACCAAUAAAACUUCGAUUGCUGGACAGAUACCAACUACCAGCGUUUUUCAACUUCUUUUUCCACGUUGUGUGAUAUAGUGACGAUAAUGAAAACAACAAAUGUUAGAUUGCGAAGUACUAGAAGAACAUCAAGAUUUCGAAAUUUCUCACCAUUUUUGAAGACUACCUGUUUUUUUGAAGAUGUACCGACAAAUACAAAAACUGCUUUGUCCUCGUGGUCGACAGAAGAAGUUCUUCUACAAGCAAAAACUACACACAGCCUACAUACUUUUCAGGAGGUCUUUUUUGAGGUAUUAAGUCCUUUUCAUUCUUGACGCUGGUUUAUGCUGACAGGAUCAUGAAAAUUCCUACGCAGCCGUGAGGGACUACUCAAUCAACGCUUGUUGUAAUGGGAUAGCUGCAUGAGGGCAACUGCGUGCUUCUGAAGUUGGAGC